AUGCCGGCGAGUCCGGUGAUAUCGCUGUCAUCGAAGAGCUUUUCCAGCUACUCGAACAGUAAUCUGGCGGAGAUCGCGGCGAGAGUCGUCGAGGAACUCAGAGUGGAGAAUGGAGACGAGUCGGAGUUUUUUGAAGACGACGUGUUUUCCGCUCCGGAGAGUGAAAAGGAGGUUGUAGACGGAGAUGUCGGCAAGGAGGAGACAAAAGAGGAUGGUGAUGGCGAUGAAGAGGAGUUUGAAUUCCAGUUCGUUACUGGAGAUGCUGUGUUCUCACCGAUUUCUGCGGAUGAGAUUUUCUACAAUGGACAGAUCAGGCCGGUUUACCCGGUUUUCAACAGAGAUUUGUUGUCAGGUCACCUGGAUUUUGAAAAUGGGAGCUCGAAUUCGAUGACGAUGACGAAGGCGAAUUCCAGCGAGGAGGAGAAAUCCUCAACGCUGCCGCCGCCGCCGCCGAAGAUUCGGCUUCCAUUAAGGAAACUGUUUACUAAGGAGCGAGAAGCUCAGUCGUCGUGCUCCUCAUCGGAGGCCGACGAGAUGGACGGGAUUCCGCCAGGUACGUACUGCGUGUGGCGACCGAAGGCUCCGGCGGAGAAGUCGUCACCGAAGAACUGUAAGAAGAGCAACUCCACCGGCUGGUCAAAGCGAUGGAAGCUUCGAGACCUCAUCCACCGGAGCAACAGCGAGGGUAAGGACAGUUUCGUCUUUUUAACACCGUCUUUCAGAAAGGGAUCACCAAAGCCAGAAAAGCCAGCGGCGGCCGAGGCUUCGAAAACAGCCGACAAACCUGCAACUCCGCCACAUUGCGCCAAGAGCGACGGCGAUAGGCGGCGGCGGUCGUUUCUGCCGCACAGGCAUGACUUGGUCGGGCUCUUCGCUAACGUGAACGGGUUGAGCCGGAAUUUACAGCCAUUCUAA